AUGGAUGCAAAUAAGAUAGAUUAAAUAUUGUAAACAUUCUACAAUAGUCAGCAAUAAUUAAAUAUGGAAGAAUUAUAUAAUCUGCUAAUUUCAAAAAAUUAAGUCGAUUUAUAACAAAAUACACAAAAAAUCCAUUCUGUAUGUGGAAAACAUAUUUUGAAAGACAACUUAAGUUUUCAAUGUUUUAGUUGUUCUCAAGACUUUAAUCAUAUGAUUUGUAUGAAAUGCUUUGAUAUUAAAAAACACUAAAGUAUCAUUUUUUUUAAAUUUUAGAUCACAAAUUUUUGCUACAAGGUAGCUAGGGAAGUUGUGAUUGCGGGGAUGUAAAUAUAGUUGAAUUAGGAAUUUGUGAUCAUCAUUAGGGAUAUGCUAAAAUAAAUAAAGAAGAAAUUCUUUAAUUAAUAUCUGAUGAAAUUAAAGUGAAUACUAAAAUUUUAAUCAAUUUUCUUAAUGAUAAAUUGAAUAAAUUUUAUUAAGAACUAAAACCAAAAAGCAUGGGAAUAAUUCCAAUGUUUAUAAAAAUAUAUCAUUUAGCAGUUAAAUUUAAAUUAUAAUAGAUAUUAGAUACUCUUAAUCUUUAACAAUAUUACGAAAUAUUUUGUAAAGCAAUUUAUUAUCACAAUUUAUUGAUUCAAUUUAUAUCUUGGUUUAUUUAAGUUGAUUAUCACAAUAUCUUUUUAAUUACUUAUAUAUUAUAAUAAUUAGAUGAAGAAUCCAAUUAAAUGAUUUUACAAGAUAUUUUUAGAAGAUAAAUCAUUUUUGAACAAUUUGGACCCUAUCAAGGGGAAGAAAUAUAAUAAAUCUUUUAUCUUUUUCAUGCUGACAAUGAGUUUAAAAAUCUAACACAUAGUGUUUUCUUGAAUAAUUUUAAUAACUUCCUACAAUUUUAUGAGGUAAAUAAUGAAGAGUUUAAUACCUUAUAAGAAAUAUACUUCGAUUUAGAAGAGGGCGUUGAUCUAAAAGCUAAGGAAGUGAAAAUUUCAGAAUAAUUAAAAUAAAUGCAAAUCGACAGGACUGUUAAUAAGAUUAACUCUAUUUAUAUAUUCUUUACAACUUUUAAAAAUUAACAUACAUAAUUUUGUAGCCCAAAAAUGAUGGAAAAAUUUUUUUUACCUGAAAAUUGUGCAAAUUUUUUAUAAGAUUUAGUUGAAUGUCAAAAUAAAUAUUAUUAGAAUUUUAUUUUUUUUCAAGAUUAUUCCGUAAUACAUUUAAAUUUGUUAAGCUUAAGACAAAAUUAUGGUUGGUUUAAAAAUACCCUCUACAAUUCUUUAUAAUAAAUAUUAGAUAAUAAAUUUGAAUAAUUUUUAAAUAAUAUUUUAACUUAAGAGGAGUGUGAGGUUUUUUUGAAAAAACAUUUCUUUUUAAAUGAACUAAUUUAUUCUUUUGGUAAUGUCAAAGAUUAUUAAGCUAAUUUCACAAUCAAUAAGUUAAAUGCUGAAUAAAAUGAUUAUCUUAGUGUUAAUCUUAUAUUCAGAUAUGAAUCAUAUCAAAUUUUUAUUUUUAGUACUAUUUUAAAAGGAUUAAGAAGCCUAAUUUCUUAAGUUGAGGGAAAAAGAAAUAUUACAAAAAUAAUAUUAUUUUAAUGUUAUCAAAUUUUAAGAAAAAAUAAUUUACAUAAGUAAAACUUUUAGUAAAUUGAUGAUUUUUUAUCGUAAUACUUUAACAAAGAGAAUGAUUCGGUAAAUUAAAUAAAUGAAGGAUAUAAUUUAUUAAGUCUAAAACUAUUAAAAAGACCAAUUAUUAUUAACUUAAUUUUUAUAGUAUUAUUAGUUCUUGAUUACUUUGAAGGCUAAUUUAUAAAUAAUGAAUAGUUUCUAUAAUAUUUAAUGCAAAUCAUUGAAGUAAACAGCUUGAAAGAUUUAAGGUAAUUGUUUGACUAUAUAUUAAUUGAUUGUCUUUAGAAUUGGGUGUCUUUUAAUUUUGAUUAACAGAAAACAUUAUAUUAUAGAUAUUCAAAUAUUAAUAGAAAUUCUAGUUAGAUUGAAUCAAUUGAUCUUGCAUUUAUAAAAUUUUAUUUAUUUUUAUUUGGAAAUGAUGGAUUAUAGUCAUUAGAAAAAACAUUUUAAAAAUUUUAGAUUCCAGAUUUAACUAUUGCAUCUUAAAUUUAUAAGUAAUUAUUUUUUUUAUUUCAGCUAAUUACUCUUAUUCAUAAUGGCUUCAGAUUUAGAAUUUUGGAAUGUAUUAUAAAUGGUAGAAGAAAAACUUGAUAUAUGUCCUGAGUAAGUUAAGGCUUCAAUUCAUCAAACAAUAAUAAAUAUAUUCAAUAAAUAAUCAAGUUUGAGCUUCACAGAAAUAAAUAAAUACAUAUCUUAAUUAAGAAUAAAAUCUAAUAAAAAUAUAGAAAAUCUUGUUUAAGAAAUAUGCUAGUUAGAUAAGACAUCUAAGAAAUUUACAUUAAAAAAAAAUGUAAAAUAAUAUUUUGAUCCUAUUAUAUUUUAAAGGAAUAUCAUAACUUAAGGUUAACUAUUGGAUAGAUUAAUAGAUCAAAGAUAAACUUAAAGUUUUAUAAACUUUGGAAAUUUUAUUUAAUUUAAAGCUGAUGAAAUCAUUAAAUAAAGUAAAUCUAAUAUAAAUUAAAUAUUUAUUGAUAUUUUUAGUCAUUUGGCAAACAAAUCAUAUAUAAUAUAAUUGAUUUAGUAAAUAAAAUAAUAAAUUAAAUAACCUUUGCAAACUUAUUAAUUAUUAAAUAAUUUACUAAUAAUUUCAUCUAAAUAACAAAAUAAAAUUGAUGAAGAAAUAUUUGAAUAAAUUAAACAACUUUAAUAAUAAUUAUAAUAAGAAGAUUAAAAAAAUGCAAAACACCUUAAUCAAAUUAUUGAUAAUUUAAAAUAGUUAUUUGCGAUAGGUGAAAGCGUUUUUCAAUAAUAGAGUUAAUAGAAAUAAAAUUAAGAUAAAUAAAAGAUAAAAGAUAAAUAUCUUUAAAAAUAGAAUAAAUUUCAUGAAUAAUUGGAAGCUGAUCCUCAAUAAGAAUUACAAUAAAAAUAUGACGAAAAUGAUUAUUGUUAAUCUUGUAAAUUGCUUUUAGAUAGUAAUGAUCGAUAUACUCCUAUUUUGGUUUAAAUAUUUGCAAAAUAAAAUUUAUAUGAAACUAUGCCAACAACUCUAUAUAAUCUUCUAAAUUCAGAAAAUUUUAAUCUUUUAAAUAUAUCUAGUUGCAAGCAUUCUUUUCAUUUUUAAUGCUUAACUAAUUCGUUUAAAUCUAAAUUCGAUUUAAAUUUACCUUCAUGGUUGAAUUCUUGCUGCCCUACUUGUAAAUAUAGUUGCAAUUUACUAUUACCGUUGUCUGAAUUAGAAGAUGAUUAUGAUAAAUUUACUUUUGAAGCAGAAUUAGUUCUAAUCGAAUUAAAUUUAGAUGAAUAAUUUAAAUAAAAACAUUAAAAGAAAUAGGAGUUAGUUGCAUUCGAAAUAUUUUAUUAAGUGCUUAUAAAUAUUUUAAUUUAAAUAUUUCUUUAAAAAGAUGAUUUUUAGAGAUCUGGCAAAGUUUAAAUUUUCUAAUAAUUCUUAAAGAUUUUAAAGUAUAACUACAAUAAAAUAAAUUAUACAGAAAAUUUAAUUAAAUUUAAUACAGGAUAAUUUUUUAUAAUAGACAUACUAUUAUUAAUUGAAAAUUAUAUUAUGAAAUAAAUUAAUGAAAUAGAUUUUAAAUAAAAUAUCAUAAAUAUACUAGUAAAAGUACCAAAAAAAAAUGAAGACAUUGUUAAAAUUUUAUUUAGUUGUUUAGCUAUAGAUUAUAAUGAAAAAAACAUGAAAUAUGAAUAAAAUUUAAAAAUUAAAAAUAGCAUAAAUGAAUUUGACACAAUUUUAAGUGAAAUUUCAAGUUAAAUAGCAAUUUUUUUGGGAAAUGAUUUUUAAACAUUUAGAAAUCAAUAUAUAUAGUAGUUGCGUAAAAAAUGUGGUUUUUAUAAUUAAAAUUUUUCAAAUAGUAAAGAUAUUGCAUUAUGUUUAUUAUGUUUGAAAACAUUCUGUCUAGGAAUUUGCAAUAAUUAACAAAUGGGCAAUUUAAGUUCUCAUGUUGAAGAAGAGCAUAAUGGAAAUUCAGUUUUCAUUUGUUUAAGUUCAAGUAAAGUUAUAAUAACAUCUUUUCCAAUUUCUAUUAUAAAUUGUUUCACUUUAUAUUAUAAUAAUCUAGGUUAAGAAUUAUAAGCAUUAACACCUUACAACUUAGAUUGGGAUAAUUUUAAAUUGGAUAUGGAAAAAGUUUAAUAGAUUUCCAAAAUAAUUUUAUUAAAUUAAUAUUAACAUAUUGUUAAAAAUAAAUUAACUAACUAGCAUACAGAUAAUAUUGGAAGAAAUCUAUGA